GCGCAGUUAUGCCUCUAUGGUAAUCGUGAUUAUUUUAAUCACAGUUAUGACCCAUGACUGUGCCUCAUGUUAGGGCAACAUCUGAAAUUUGAUUGGACUAUUUUUCAACAAAUACAGAGGGGCAAAAAAAGCGUUGUAGUCGGCCACAAUGACGUAAUUGAUCAGAUCGGCGAAUUAUGACAAAAUGAAUCAGCCCAUCUGAUCAGUCCAAUCAUAUCGGCGUAAAAGUUCAUCACUCCUCAUCCACACUGUAAAUACAUGGCCCACGUUUAAAUUCACCGCUGGCUAAUUUAACUAUAAACCUCACAAACGGAUAACCGCAAAAACCCCAAAAAAACAAACAAAAAAAAAAAAAAACAAGCAUGAAUAAGGGACUGUAACCAUUGCUUGUCCUUAGCUGAUCUUUAUUCAGCCAAGCUGGCAAAUCAUAGGCAGAGAAAUGGGGAGGCGGUUCUUAUGCAAAUUAGUGACACAACAGCUGUAACCAUGGGGAUGGGACGACAACAGAAACGCUCCAGUGGAAGAAGCUGAGCUAACACAAAAGCCCCACGGAGCCGCUGACAUUUUCGUGAAGGUCUCCAGGGCAGACGACUCGAGCCACUGAUGGCCAGCACAGGUGAAUUGGUGGAGACGUUGGUGGAGUCCAAUUGUGAUGAGCAAACAGAAAGUGGAGACGAGCAGGUGGAGGAAGCUGUUGAUGUCUCAGCUGCGAGUGAUUUCCUGUCCAGCCCACCCCUUCCUGAAUCAUACAGGCGUAAUUCUGUAGAGGAAGUUCGGCUGCUUGCUAUCGCUGACAACUUCCAGCGUCAGUAUCGUCUUUUGUGCCCGGAACGCAAACCUCUGCUGCUCUGCCCCAUCAACGAAUGCGGUGUCCAGAAGUUUGUGUCGACCACUCUGCGCCCCACCAUGACAAGCUAUCCUGAACUCCUCAACUGGGAAGGGUGUGCUUCGUUUGUGGCCGACUUCCUGACUAUGAAUCCUUUGGAGCCACCUGUAGAGCUCCCCAAGUUCUUGUUCUCAGCCACCUCAGUUUUGCGCAGUCAGACGGCAACCUGUUUCGAGUAUGCUGCCGUACUCUGCAGUCUGCUGCUGGGAGCAAACUACGAUGCCUACUGUGUGAGUGGCUACGCUAGCAAAGAGAUGUGUCUGCUAGACCAAAGACUGCAAGAUUGCCCCGUGCUGGAAGCCCAGGUUAAGGCCGCAGCUUCUAACGUGCCGGCCGACGGUGAGCAGGCGAUGAGAUUUCAGCGUGAGCCCAAGAGUCGCUUCUUGACACAACAGGCCAAGAAGAAACAGGAAGAGGCUGAAGCCAAAGCCAAGCAACAGGAGGAAGUUCCGCAGCCGCCUGUCGACCCCCUCCGGGGUUUGCGGAUCCACUGCUGGGUCCUGGUGUUGGCCGGGUGUCGCAGCAUCCAGGAAGACUUCUUCAUCGACCCUCCCACAGGAAGGAGCUACAGCACCGCAUAUGAAGAUUUUCUGGGUGUGGAGAGCGUGUGGAACAACCUCAACUACUACGUCAACAUGCAGGACUGCAAGGAUGGCUGUUCAGAUCUGGUGUAUGACCUCCAUGACAUCAAAUUGUGGGAGCCUGUCUUGUUUGGCGUCACCAGUAAAAGACAACUGAGCAUUGACCUCCUGAAAAGGAAAGAGAUGAAAAUGAUGGGCAUGAGCUGGGAGGAAGAAGAGGAGGAGGAGGAGCGAGUAUUUGAGAUGCCAAGAUCCUGGGUCACUUCCAUCAGCAUUUCCAAACAGGAUUUGGAAACCCGUUGGCCAGGAGGCUGGAAGUUGACCCGUUACAUGAAAGCCGAACUGGAGAUGUUUGCGCAUCAUCUGCGAUUGGAUGGUCUGGUGACCCGACUGAGCACCUACAAGGAUCUGGACUGCACAGAGCUAGUGACUGUGAAAGAGUGGUACCAGGACAGAAACGACCACCUGAGGGAGAGAGAGAUCGACAAGGUGACGGGCAUCACCACCGAGCGCUUCACGCCGGGACGACACUUUCACCUUUUAUUUCACAGGUUCACGUCCACUCCAACAGAUGGCGCCGAGCACGAGAUGGAAUUCAGUGGCGCUCGCGUGGACGGGCUGGUGCGGCGUGUGGACACACCAGAAGAGAUGACUGAGAGCUUCAAGGGCCGAGAGGACUUCCUUUACUACAGACGAGUCCUCUUCGACCGGAGCAUCCACUCGCCGGAGGAAACCUUUGAGAUGGACGCAAGAGAGCGACCCCUGCUGAAAGUGUUGGAACUUUUCCACAGGAAUCCAAGGAAGGAUGCCAACGAGGAUGUGGCUGAGCGAGUGUUCGUCGCGUCCCAGAGGAGGAUCGAGGUGAAAUAUCAUCUGGAGGAGCACCGCUUCGUCCCAUGCAUGAGGACCUUCAUCAAACCGCGAGAGGCAAACGGCCAGCAAAACAGAGCUGAAGACUUCACCGCCGACUUGGUUUCUGGCUUCCACGUGGAUCCCGCCCAGAAGCCCCUCCACACGCUAGCUCUCUACGACCUUUUGUCAGAGCUGGUCAAGGCUGAGAAGGACGUGGCUCUCCAGAUAAAGAACUCCAAGAAAGAGGUUCGAGACAUCGUGGCCUGCAGGGCGCAGGAGGAGGCGGACAUUCUUCUUCACUUCUCGCCGUGGACCGCCGCCGGUGCGAUCAAGGCACGCAGUGUCCAAGAAGAAAUGGAGCGCGUGGCAGCCGAGGAGCAGCAAUGGUUGCAGGAUAAAGAACGGGAUUUCCUGGCUCCCUUCCUCUUCAGGUUGUCCAACUCUGAGAUUGCGAACGCCGAUGAUGCGCAGCAGCUAUACGACGAUAGCUUGAUGGAAUUCCGGCAGCAAAUGAUCGCACAGGUGCAACUCAUCCAGGACCGUCACGACCAGGCGAUCCAGGCCCUGGAGAAGAAACAAGAACAUAACCAGGAGAACCAGCACAAGAUGAGUCACCAGGAGGAGAAGGAGUACCAGGCCUACUGCGCCCAGCACACCUUUCAGAUACACAUCGCCCAGAAACGCCUCAGCAUGCACAUGAGGUCUGCGGCUCAAAGGUACCGUGCGCUGGAUCAGAGGUUCAAGCAAGACCCACGACUGGCCCCCUACCUACUCAACUGAACGUAUCAUUUCAUGCCAUGAUUGAUAGAUAAGAAGCAGCCAAAAUGGUGGAUGGGGUCACAGUUUCUAAACGCGUGCCCAAAAGGUCACAAGAAGUUUGACAUUUAGUUUCAAGUGGCCGUUGUGGGAUCACAACAAUGUGGAUGCAAUAACUCCUGACUCAGUGAUUUCCUCUUCUGUUUACUUUCAUUAAACCCCAACACCCGUUCAACACUGCUUAGCUUUAAAACCAAUACUAUUUUUAUUAGGAUUAAAAGGUGUGAAAAUAAAUUGAGAUCAGAUAUUUUUUUAUUUUGUCUGCUUGUACGUCAUGAUGUAUUACAGAAUGUAGAAAACGUGUUUUACAUAACAUUCAAUA